AAAACGAUUUGAACCUUUUGGCUUUCCAUAGGGGAGCGCGAGAUUGCAAGCGGAUCAGAGGGGGGUUCGUCGCUCAGGCAGGACCGAGGAGGAAUCACAGCAGCCCCGGCUGGGACUGCCAUACCCGACCCGCUGGAUCCCCGGAGGAACAGAGAGAACACGUCGCCCAAGGGAGAGGAGCUCUGUUCAGGCUGUAGGAUGUUCUCAUCAGUGAAGGCCUUCGAGGGGCAGCAAUACUCCACCCUGAAGAGGCAAUGCCUUGCCAGUGGUCUUCUGUUUGAAGACCCACACUUCCCCGCCUUGGACGACACCCUCUUCUACCAGGGCAACAGGAUUGGACGCGUGCACUGGAAGAGACCCCAGGAGCUCUCUGAGGACCCUCACCUGUUUGUGGAUGGGAUCAGUGCGCACGACCUGCACCAGGGCCAGCUGGGAAACUGCUGGUUUGUGGCGGCGUGCUCCAGCCUGGCCUCCAGAGAGUCCCUGUGGUCUAAAGUCAUCCCAGACUGGAAGGAGCAGGAGUGGGACACGGAGACACCCGAGUCGUACGCCGGGAUCUUCCACUUCCGCUUCUGGCGCUUCGGAGAGUGGGUGGAUGUGGUGAUCGACGACCGGCUGCCCACGGUGGACAACCAGCUGGUCUACUGCCACUCGGAUGACAGCAACGAGUUCUGGAGCGCACUGGUGGAGAAGGCCUAUGCCAAAGUGUACGGCUGCUACGAGGCCCUGGACGGCGGGAACACGGCGGAUGCCCUGGUGGACUUCACAGGGGGCGUGUCGGAGCCCAUGGACCUGCUGGAGGGCCAGAUGGCCACUGACGAGGUGGCCCGCAACCAGCUGUUUGAGAGGGUGCUGAAGGUCCACAACCGGGACGGCCUCAUCAGCUGCUCCAUCCGGGCUACCACAGUGGAGGACAUGGAGGCACGGCUAGACUGUGGCCUGGUCAAGGGCCACGCAUACGCAGUGACGGACGUGAAGAAGGUGCGUCUGGGCCAGGGCCUGCUGGCAUUCUUCAAGUCAGAGAAGCUCAAUAUGAUCCGCAUGAGGAACCCCUGGGGAGAGAAGGAGUGGAGCGGGCCCUGGAGCGACAGCUCAGAGGAGUGGAAGAAGGUGAGCAAGAGUGAGAGAGAGAAGCUGGGCGUCACCGUGCAGGAUGACGGAGAAUUCUGGAUGACGUUUGAUGACUUCUGCCAGUACUUCACUGACCUGAUCCUGUGCCGCCUCAUCAACACCUCUUAUCUGAGCAUCCACAAAACAUGGGAGGAGGAAGUGAUGAGGGGCUCCUGGGUCCCCCGCCAAGACCCUCUGAGGAACCGCUCUGGAGGAUGCAUCAACCACAAGGCCACCUUCCUCCAGAACCCACAGUAUGUGUUUGAUGUGAAUAAGGUAGAGGACGAGGUGUUGAUCGCCCUGCAGCAGAAGGAGAGGAGAGCCACCACCAAAGAGGGCAAAGGAGAUAACCUGGCCAUAGGCUUCGACAUUCACCGGGUGGAGCUGAACAGAAAGUACCGCAUGCACACGGCCCAGCAGAAGGUGGCGGGCUCCAUCUACAUCAACUCGCGCUGCGUCUUCCUCAGGAAGGAGCUCAAGGAGGGUCGCUACGUCAUCAUCCCCACGACUUUUGACCCCGGGCAGCAGGGCGACUUUCUGUUGCGGGUCUUCACCGACGUGCCUUCAGACUGCAAAGAGUUGAACCUAGAUGAGCCCCCACAGACGUGUUGGACGGGCAUGUGUGGUUACCCCCAGCUGGUCACCCAGGUCCACGUUCUGAGUGCUGAGGGACUCCAGGGCCAGGACUCUAAUGGAGCCUCGGACCCGUACGUCAUCAUCACCUGUGAGGGGGAGAGGGUGCGCUCCCCGGUGCACAAGGACACGCGGAGCCCCAACUUCGAUGUCAAAGGCCUGUUCUACCGCAAGAAGCCCAAGGAAGGCAUCCACAUUGAGAUCUACAAUAAGAACGUCAUUGUGGAUACCUUCCUGGGUCAGGUGACCCUGUCCAGUGACCCAAACGACCGGCAGGAGCAGCACACGCUCCACCUGCGCGACAAGGGCAAUCGCCAAGACAACGACCUCCCGGGCACGGUCACCGUGCGCCUCAUCACCUGCAUCACACUCAUCAACAUAUGACGUCACAACCACCGCCGUCGCCGCUCUCGUCAUGGAAUGUCGAAGGAGCUUGACCUUUGUCAUCUUGACGACCUUUCGCCCCCCCUUAAACCGAGCAUGUCAGUUAAACGGUUAAUCCCCCCCACCCCUGCUCCACCCAACCCAACACCCCCCUCAACAUAUACAGACACAGCUUUCUUUCUUUCUGACUCUUUCUCUCACUCUCACUGUUACACACACACACACACACACGCACACAAACACACAGGCCGUGUCUGAGUUCCAAAUAGUAGGCUGAUUGGGUAUGCGAAAAUAUAAAGUUUUAUAGUAUGUGAAAUAUUGAACAUUUUGUUUGCUUUAAAUGCCAGGAUGUCAUACUCCAUUUAAUCUUUCCAUCUAGUAGAAUUCACUGCACACUAGUGAGGAAGAGAAGUGUCUUUUCAGACCCACCUAGGUGUGACAACAGCCGAUAAACCGCUGAUAAUCAGCUACCAAAAUUAAUGAAUGGUGGGAAACAAAGCGUUGUGCUUUAGAUGACACAUUCUCAUUAUGGGUGAGCCUGGUAUGUUGAUAUUUGAAGCUUACUGCAGAAAUAUACUAAACAGUACAUUCUAAAUAGUAUGAAGUAUGAUUAGUACACAUAUAUCGUUUUAGUAAGUAGUAGGCAAGACUACUCCCUCUACAUGCCUUCAACUCUCCCACACACACACACACACACACACACACACACACACACACACACACACACUUUUAACAUGCUCCUGCACCCCUCAUGCAUCUGCCAGCAUCUCUAAGGGCUAUACAUCGCCUUAAGGCUGAGUGGGUCUCUUUAGGAGCCUGUGACCAGCCAUAUGUCGGGUGGGAGGGGGAUCAUUGUAUUGGGUGGUAUAGUGGGUGUAGCCUUGCCUCCUCCCCCCUCCAUCACAUCUAUCCCCCUUUCCUCUUCCUCCUCCCACUCCCAUCCCCUCGGACUAUGCUACCCUUCGCUUCUACAGGUUGCCAUGGACAAAAUCGAGUUUAGCACGGCAAAAACAUUAUCUGCCUGCAUUGCACACACCCCAUUCCCCCUUUACACACAAAUGUUUUAUUUAAUUUUUAUUUAACCUUUUUAUUUAACUAGGCAUCACACUCUUAGCUUAGCAACCGGCACUUUUGAUAUGCCCCAGUGGAGUGACUGUGGAGCUCCGCCUGCCAUAUUCAAGUGCUUUACGGGACCAAAGACGGACCAGGCCCUCCCUCCCUCUCUCUUUUGCCGGCGGCAGUCGCCACUGUGCCACGUCAGUCGGUCAUCUCUACGGCAACGCCACUGCCUGACGCUUCCUGAGUCAUGGGACUCCUGUCAAUUGACCUGAAUCGCGUAAAUCAUGUGACCUGAGAGACAGCAGCUGUUGUGUGUGUGUGUGUGUGUGUGUGUGUGUGUGUGUGUGCAUGCAUUCGUACGUACGUGUUAUGCCUGCGCCUUUGAACAUCAUGCACCUCGCCUGGCUCUGACAGGCUCACGGACAUGGCUGGAUGGAGGGAUGAGCGGAAGAAGAGAGAGUGGACGGAGAGAAGAGGCAGGAAAUCCGUCAGUCGACUCCUGCCAAAAACAACGUGCCAUAGCCUUGUUCCUGGCUCUGACUCUGUUGUGACUCGAUACCACUAUUCCCGACCGGAACACAGUUUGGAUUAGCAUCGUUUUAAACUAUUUGAAAUGGUAGUGUGAAAAGUGUGGGUUUUUGUCUUGCCAAGACAGAGACUAUCACGUCAUUCAGAACCAUCACUGUUACAGUCCCCAAAACCGUUAGCAUUUCUUCUCACAUAGAUCAUGUCGCGCUUUCUCUUUUGACCUGCUUUCCACAGGCUAUUUAUCUCAAUCUUUGACAGUGGCAAGCGUUGGAGACAGAAGAUAUACAAGGAGAUACAAGCCCCAAACGCUAUGUUGUCAUGUCGAGUAUCUUUUCAGAAGUGCAAUAUGAUUGCAGAGACUUUUCUAGAGCAGGAUCUGACGUGGGAUCCCACGUACGUUAAGAAUCACUCCAGAGACAUUUAUUUUUUGAAUGUAAUGCGGAGAGCAUCGACCGACCGAUCUCGCUCUUUAUCGAACCAUCAGUUCCCUUUUACUUGUUUAUGUGCUUGUUUCAGCGCCUUUUUCUUUUUUGCAUUACUCGAACAACAAUGGCAUUUAUUGCAUUUUAUUUAUUUAUUGUAUAACUGUUUGCAUAUUUAUUAAUGCGUUUAAUGAAUUAAUGUGUCUUGCAUAGAUCAUUUUUAAUGAUAUGUACAUGGCCUUGUAUUGUUCUUCUAUUGUUACUAUUCUAUAUUUCUUUAUUCUUUCCAUCUUCAGUGUUGGGAAACAAAUGGUGGUGUUUAAGAAUCAGCAUGUUUACACUAUUGCACAUCAUAUCAAUGCCAUAUCAAGAUGUUUUAAAAGGGUCACUUUAAAGGUACUGAUCAGUGACAUCCACCACUCAUAACAAUAUGUUUUUACUAUUGACCAUCGUUCAUUGCUUCAAAUGACGAAAAUGCCAUUCAAGUGCUGCGUGACAUAUGUAUUUCCUUCUAUGUUGUUCAGUUGCAGACUAAGACAGAGAGACUAAACUGGUUGCUAAAAAAAAAACAACUCUGAAAGGGAUAGUUCAUGCGAAAUCUAUUUUUGGGUCGAAUUACCCUUACCUUGAGUUGUGUCUGAAGGCCCAUAGUGACAGAAUCUGCCAGUAGUUAGCAUAAUUAGAAGCGUCCAGAUUCAUUCAUGUAAACAGCGGUGCCGAUAUUAGCAGAGCUGCUUUGCAAGCCGAAACUUCAAACUGUCUUGUUAUAAGGCAAUAUGUUAUACAAGUAACAUAUAGUAACAAAAACUGAAACAAAAAAUAAAAUUGGACAAACAAUUUAGUAAACUGAAAUAAAAUAAUUCAGAAAAAAAAACAUUUUUAAAACUACACUACAUGAACAAAAGUAUGUGGAUGCCUACUUGUUGAACCUCUCAUUCCAAAUCAUGGACAUUAAUAUGGAGUUGGUGCCCCUUUGCUGCUAUAACAGCCUCCACUCUUCUGGGACAACUUUCCACUAGAUGUUGGAACUUUGCUGCAUGGACUUGCUUCCAUUUAGCCACAAGAGCAUUAGUGAGGUCGGGCACUAAUCUUGGGCAAUUAGGCCUGGCUCGCAGUCAGCGCUCCAAUUCAGUGUGGUUGAGGUCAUGGCUCUGUGCAGGCCAGUCAAGUUUUUCCACACCGAUCUCGACAAACCCUUUCUGUAUGGACCUCGCUUUGUGCACGGGGCAUUGUCAUGUUGAAACAGGAAAGGGGCUUCCCCAAACUGUUGCCACAAAGUUGUAAGCACAGAAUCGUCUAGAAUGUCAUUGUAUGCUGUACCGUUAAGAUUUCACUGGAACUAAGGGGCCUAGCCAGACCAUUAUUCCUCCUCCACCAAAGUUUACAGUUGGCACUAUGCAUUUGGGCAGGUAGCGUUCUACUGGCAUCCGUCAAGCCUGUAGCUAACAGGGAAGAAAUCCGAGCGCGAAUGUGAACCAUAGGCGUGAGUACAUUGCUAGAAAGGACAAAAGGAAAUGUAUUGUAGUGUCAGAAGAUAGCAGCAUGUGUCGGACAGAGAUUAAAGAGAACACCCAAAAAACCUCAAAGUUCAUCUGAACUGUGCCCACAAAGAAUCAUACAAUUUCAUUAUAAAGCCAGGCACCAGCUAUUAGUAGCUGCUCAUCAACGGCAACCAACUUUAGCAGUUAACAUGAAAAGAAUAGAAAGAUCAGAACCUAAUUCAAGUUUAAAAAAAGAGAAGAAGCACUUGUUAAUUUAUUCAUCCAGUCUGGCAAGUCCACAAGCCUUCAGAUAAUUCAACCAAACACCUGAUCCCAAAUGUAAAACCUGGCGCUGCUAGAGUAAACAGGUUGAUUGCUUUGCAAAUGGAAACAGCAACCUAGAAAGUUAAAGAGAUUCUGAAAGAGGCAUGGAAAAAUAACCGAGUGUAGACGGAUGGAGCAAGACAGGAAUGACUACUUAAUUUAUGGGUAUAUCAGCCUGCUUCUAUCACCCCUCCUCCAACAAGGCACAGCAUGCGUCGCUCAACCUCCAUCGGAUUUAGCAUCCAUACACCGGAGAGGUAAUUGACCGCAAGUGACAUACCAGAGGAGAAGAUCCUACUUGUCGUAACUGACAACGGGGCGAACAUAGUCAAGGCAAUCAAGCUAUUACAGAACAGGCAAGAGAAUGAUCAACAACAACCAGAGCUGGCCAUAGCUUUGAACGGUGUGGUGGAAAUGUCUGAAUCUGAGUUAGACACAGACGAUCAUCCUUUUAAAUCCAAGUCACAUUAAGAUUGAUUUAUAAUUUAAACCUAAACAAACCUAUGACCUGACCCAUCACCUUAUGUAUUAUUGUCCCCCAGUGACAAGAAGUGACAUCCCCACCAAGAAUACAAACUAUAGGCCUGCCAUGCAUGCAUAAUGCUACUUUCUGUCCCAAACACACACAUUUUUAAACUGAAAUGAAAUAGAAAUGAUUUUAUAAAACUCAAAGUAAAUAAAAAAUAGUACAUCGUCUGAAGACUAGCUGAAACUAAACUGAAUUUUAAAUAAAAAUCUAAAAACGAAAACAAAAUCACAACUAUAAUAACCUAGAUGUUUUGUCUCGAUGAAGGAAAUGUUCAAGUUACUCAUAAUGGCUGUAAUUUAGUCAGGAUCAUUUUGAGAUGAUAAUUAAGUUAUAAUGCCUGAGAAGCCGGUGUUUGGGGCAUAUAUUGGCACGGGUGUUGUUAGGCCCGAGACGAAGUCGAGCCUCAAGAUCACCCCCCAGAAGCCAACGUUCUGUUUAUCCUCUAAGUAAAGUGUUACAGAGAAUAUAACACUAUGGAGAGUAGGGUCAUGGUUAAGGUAAAGGAAAUAGAGUGCCAUAGAGCGCAUGCAGGUGUCGCAGGGUUAAAAUACAUCAAACCAAGCAAAUUCAUCUUUCAUGCCAGGGGAAGAAGAGGUCCUCUUGUCAAUAAGGGGAAAGGUUGGUUUUCUGUUGCCAGGAUGUAGCAAUGUGUGUCCAUUCAGCCAGACUGGUGCUCGGCUCUACUCUGACCAGGGGCUCCCGUGGUGGGCAGGCUGGCAGGUUAGCAGCAGCAGCCAUUUUAGUUAUUUAUACGACUCAGUUUCACAAUCUUGUUGUGACCCCCACAGACAAACAAUGUCUUCAGUUAGGUAGUCCUUAUCGUCAGCUAUUGCUAGUGGUAUAGUAGCUGUUGGCCGUAUUGCAGCUUCUGUUCUGACCAUAUCUGAACCAAUAAUAGUCACCAGGACCAAGGGGUUGUAUCACAUGUGGUAGACCAUCGCUCGUCUUUAUAACUCAACAAAAAUAUGUGCCACAACGGUGCCAAAAUGGAUGGGAGGAAAAGACCAUUGUACUGCAGACUACUGUGUUUUGUUGGUUAAGGUUCUACAGUAAAUUAGCUUUGUUUGCCACUCUGGUGGACAUCCAAUAACUAGUUAAACAUUGUGGGAAUUGUCAAGCCUUUCUCGUUCCAAUAUGCUUUUUUUUGUGUCUUUGUCAAAAACAUAUGCUGGUUGAGAUCUCAUUGUGUUAACAUUGCACAUUCUUGUCAUUUGCCAGAAGCAUCACUUACUCAAGGUGCGAUUGGUUUACCCUUGGUGAGCGGAGUGUCAAUUCGGUGAUCUGAUUUUUCUGUCUCUGUGUAUAUUUUCUGAUGGUCCAUGCCAAAUGUUUUAAGGACACAAAACGCAUAAGAAUGUUCAGAACUUUGGCCAGUUUUAUAUCAAACCAAUAACACCAAUGCAUGAAGCAAAUUACUUCAAAUCAGCUCGCACAGUUUGAUUUUCAAAGAUAUUAUAUUUUUAAUCAAAGUGUUGUGAACAGUGUUACUACUUUCAUAUAUUGAAGGCUUAUGUUGCAUACAUGCAUGUAUUUUACAGAUUCUGAACCUUUGAAUUCAGCAUCCCGAACAGUAUGUACUGUAUAUGAAAAGUGGCAGCAACCAAAGUGUUUGUCCACUACUGCAGGACUCCCACUGGAAGAGAUUGUUAGGCACCUUUCAAGGAUAGGAUCAGUACACCCUUACUUUCAUCAUUACCCCCUCCGUUUCAGAAAACAUGUCAAGUCCUGCAUCUUACAGGACACACUUUCGAAAGCCACGAUCACUAUCCCACUUCUGACGUCAGUGUGAUAAACGUGGAGUCUGUAGUGGUCUGUAGUGGGCUGGGAACACCAGUUGCCUAGCCUAAAGAUUAACACCCUAUCCACAAUUACAAUAGGGCUAUCCCAGUUGGGAGGGAUUGUAAUGUGCUUAUCAAGUCCAGGGUCAUUACAGUAUAUUCCUGACAUUUCAGAUGCAAGAGCGUAUAAUAGUUGAGAGACAUUUUAAAGCAAUGGUCCGCAAGAAUACUUGUCAGAUACUUAUCCAGUUAAAUUUGAAAGCAAAAAAAAAAUGUUAGAGAUGGACAACAUGAAAAAUGUGAGGAAUACCGAAAAUAAGUGAUUGCGGAGAGUCUUUGUAUUGUGUUUACGAUUUAUUUGGAAUAUGUGUUUUUAUUAAAGCCUGUGUAGUGGCCAAAUAGUACUUUCUAUGUUUGAGUUGAACACAGACAUCAUCAUGGUGCAAUGAUUUACGUAUGUUAGCUCGUUUAACCUCGGAGCUACCUUGAGUUUGUUAGCCUGCAUACCGCUGCAUGUGAACUUUAAAGGACAUUGGUCAUGAAACUUCAUUCAUGUUUAUGCUAGGUGUUACGUCAUCUUUACGAUAGCAUUAUGUAGAUUGUAUGACAUUGCUCACUCAAAUUUGCCAAGUCAUUAGACACCUGUGGUGACCAUGUUUCCAAAAUGGCGUCUGAUACGUUCGACGAAUGAGCUUGUGAUUCUCUUGUACUUUUCUGCGGAUGUUUAUUAACUCGAGACUGGAAUAUACUGCAUGGUGACACUUAUAGAAGAUACUAAGGUCUUUAUAACGAGUAGCCUAUCUUUUAUCAAUAUUUUAUACUCUUGUUAAUUUUAUAUAUCCAAUUAACCUUGUUCUCUACGCUUAACACUGAUAUGUUUACUGAUAGCUAGAUAUCAGAAGGCUGUAUCUUAUGUACUGUAUGCUUAUCUGUGUGUUCUUACGUUGUCUUUUUUUGUUACUGUGCAUGUUUGUUUGAUUUGAUUAUCGGUUACACUGUGGUUAUUUUAUAGUUAUGAUCUGGAAAUCAUUUAUUUUCAUUUUCUAUUUUAUGUCAACUUGUGGCAUGACUUUCAAAUAAAACAUUAAACCUGA